CCCACUUUUAUUACGUAAAGUGAUGUCAAAAGGGUGGAACAAGAAAGCAGAAUAAACCAAAGCGAAUAUACAGGAAGCAGAGUGUUAAUAGGUUUGACGGAUUUUGUUAUCUGGAACACAAACAUGGAUGAUAUCCAGCAGGUCCCACAAAUGUCAUUAGUGACAAAUCAAGUGAUAAAAUGUAUUGAAGAGGACAAUUUAACAAAUAUUAAAAAGUUACUGCGAGAAAACCCUAUAAAUGAUCUUUAUCCGUAUAGUAAACUAAAUGAUAAUGUAACCCCUCUGACUGCUGCUGUUGUAAACUAUAACAAGCGUUGGUACAAAUACCUUCUAGAACAACGUUCAGACCCAAAUAUUCCCUUGUCAAAUAUGUGGACACUUUUGCAUUAUGUCUCACUACCCAAAGCUCCAAUUAGUUGUAUAGAAAAACUAAUUAAAGCGAAAGCGAAUCCAAAUGGGUGGAGGCCCGGGGAACCUGUGAUGCUUAUGCCACUACAAAUUGCUGCCAGUAAAGAAAGAGAAGAUGUUGUCAAAAUGCUCCUCUCUGCUGAAGCAAUGGCGUCGUUGUUACCAAUAACCGAUCUCAACAGUUUGAAAAUCAACAAAAACAUAGCUUGGAUUGUUCGUAGUUUGGGAUCUAAAAGAAAUAAUGUUUGCUCCAAAAUUUGUUAUUUUGUUGAUGAUGACAUUGGUGUGGCACAGGAAACACCAAAGAAGGUUUUCAAAGAUUUUCAUAAGCACAUGUUACGUCCUUCGACCAUCAUUAAAAACCUGUUCACUGUGAUUGGGCGAAGAGCAAAAGAAUUUAAAUGGCGACAUAUUCAAUGGUUUAAAGGAAUUUAUAAUUACCAAUAUGCAACAGUUCCAAUUAUACAAAAUACAACUACUUCUAUUGCAGAAAUACCAGCUGUAAAAAAAUUACUCUCAAACGUAAGGCCAUUUAAUGACAGUCCAACCAAAGCAUCACCAUUAAGAAGAAGACGUCCAAACAGCAAAAGGUGGAAUGAAAAGCUUAAAAAACUCGUAAGCAUUGAUGAAAGCAAAGUGACAAGAAUAAGGGAUAUUAUUUAUGUAAAUGAUGAAGAAUUUUGCAUAGCAAAGGGAAGUCAUGGAACUGAAGUAUACAUAGGACUGAAAUAUGACGGCACAGAAGUUGCAAUUAAAAGAAUGUCUAAAAGCAUCUUUAAAAAUCUGAUAAAUAAGGAAGGAAUCCUUCAACUUCUAAUACUAGAACAUCACUUUAUUGUACGAUACAUUGAUUAUGCAGAGGAUAAAAAUUUUGGAUAUCUUGUUCUCCAACUUUGUGAGUACACAUUGGAAGAAUACAUCAGGGAUGGUAGCAUUAAUGCCCUCCAGAAAAAGAAACUUGUCUUAGCGCUCCUUAAAGGCAUAAAUUUGCUCUACUGUCAAAAUCCUCCGAUUCUCCACGGUAAUCUAAAGCCACAGAACGUUUUAAUUGGUAAGAACAUUCAAGAUUAAUUUCCUGUAGCUGAACAUUAUGUUAAAAUUCCCUUUAAGAACACUACUUUAUUUUAAUCUUCAGAACUAAAAUCUUAAUAAUCAUCCACACUACUCCCUUUUCAUGAUUUGUCCUCCAGAUGUUGAGGGGAAUUUAAAAUUGGCUGAUUUUGGAAUAAGUCGACACUUACCCGAAGACCAAACAACACACCAAACAAUAGCUGCAGGAACGAAGUGCUGGAAAGCCAGAGAGACUGUGGAGGAGGGGCGCAUCGUGUCAUACAAGUCAACCACUGAUGUACAGGUUGCAGGGAUGCUGAUAUAUUAUAUCCUGUCUGGAGGAAAACACCCAUCCAACAUCAGCAAAUCCUUCCAGCUGGAAUCAAAUAUUGAUGAAGGGAAGUACAGCUUGGACGAUGUUCAGGAUGUUGUGGCAAAAGAUCUCAUUGAAUGGAUGAUCAACAAAGAACCAGUAGAUAGACCUAGAGUUGAACAAUGCCUGAGUCACCCCUUCUUUUGGCCAUAUGUGAAAAAAGUUGAAUACCUGAAAAAGGUUGGUAACAGACAGGAAGUGGCAAAAUAUCAAAAUGCAGACCAGGAACUUAUAGACUCACUUGAAAAAUAUGCACCUCGUGUACCUUUCUCACAGUGGAAGGAAAAGUUUCCACAAGAACUGGUUCAAAAGAUGGAUGGAAAGAAAAAAACCUACCCUGACAACAUUCUGGGAUUGUUGCGUUUCAUACGCAAUAUGCUUGAGCACUAUGCUGAAGAUGCUUCCAAAAUUGACGUCCUUGAAUUAUUUCCUGAUCUAUUUGGAUGUGUCUUCAAGUGCGCCAAAGACAAAGGGUGGAAUCAACAGAUCCCACUGAAUGAAAUGUUUCAUUUAAACUUUUGGUUUCAAAUGCAUAAACUGAAUUGAAUAUUUUACUUCCUGAAACGACCAUUUACAAUAAAAUAACUCUAACCCCUUUACUCAAAUUCCCUUAAUAAAAUCAAGAACUGAAUUUUGUUUUGUUUUAAUGUUUUUAAACUUAUUUAAUCAUUCUAAUGUCUGGAUCUGGGUCUUACAACAACUUCAAGUAUGAAGCUUGCUGGUCGGUCUUAACCACACUAAGAGGCUUUAAAAACUGAAAUGCCAAUUCAUGCUUAUUUUUAACCGUUUCAUUAAGUAUAAUAAUUCACCUUUAAGACGUUUAAGCUGACAGAAAAUGCUUUUCCACACAUCUUUACAAUAUCUAUUCACUUUUAUUUCAUUACUCAACUGAAUGAAUGUACAGCAGUUUCUAACAGAAACAUUCAAUGUUACAAUGCCAUUCAUCUUCUAAAAAUAAGUUGACUUUUUAAAUGUCAUGCUCUUGCAGGCAGAAUCAACUGAUUUUUGUUAGUAAGUGCAAAGAACUGUUAAGAACAGGUAGUGGCAUUGGAGUCCUGGUUAUAUUAAACACCUGAUAAGGAGUCAAUGUUAUUUUUUUAAGAAUGGGGAAAAAAAGAACCCAAAAAAAAAAAAAACAAGAAAAGCUCUUAGUUUCACUGGACAUAUUUACACACAUUUUUUUGUUCAGAUGGUUCAAAAAAUCUUACCUUACAAACCAAACAAAACCUUUUUUUUUUUUUUUUUGUUUUGUUUUUUUGUUUAGAAAUGAAGCCUAGGCGAAAAUUCAAACUGGGAGACUCGACCAACUUCACCACAUCAUCUAAUCACCACGCUCGGCCUCAGCCAAUCUGGAACGGAGCUCCACGCCGCUCCAGCCAAUCGUCAUCCAAGGGCACUUUCAAAAGUUCAAGCUACCCUGGGGGCUUCCUGCUCGUCAGCCGUGCUUCGACCCACCUCCUCCCCAUCUCCACCUUCACCAUGAGGGACGUACUCCAGGAUCCCCUGUGCUCUCCCAUCCCUCUCGGUAUCGGGGGGAAGACUAUCCCGAGCUCGCCAAGCAGACCGCCUGCUCACGGCGAUCCUCGGCUCACGGUCUUCUGCCGGGUCCGAGCGCCAAAGAGAUUGUACCAUUAAAUCUUUUUAACUG